AUGUCGCCGGGACCGCAGCCCGAUGGCGAUAGCCGUGAUGUCCAUAUGCGCCACGUGCCAGGAAGGACGACUACAACGCGGGACGGUGCAGCAGAAGAGAGGCAAAAGCCGACUGACGUAGAUGAAGACAUGCGCCUUGCGGCCGCCGAGCUUUCACAUGGGGGUGCCGUCGGUGGGAGUGGUGGUGUGGCGAGCGGAAGCCGUGAGAGAACGAGAACAACGGCUUGCGAACCCCCGAGCGAAACGAAAUCCAGAGCAGAGCAGCUAUUGCCAAUCCCCGUGGAAACACACGAGGCCGAUGUGUGGGGCCCUCUCGACAAGGGGCCGCGGUGGGUGGAGGACAGUGGCCUCAUGGGCAUGGGUCUGGAGUAUUCGCACAUGAGAGUCAUGACACCUGCGCCAUCGUUAUAUCUCCAAGCUGGUAGCCGGUUCGUCGGAACACAGCAGUCGAAGCGUCAGCGGUAUGAGGUCGAGGUCGAGAUUAAGCACGUGGACAUGCGCGAGUCCUUUAUGUGCGGGCACUUGACGAUUCAAGGUCUGGCUGAUGACCACCCGACCCUCACCACGUACUUUGAGGGUGAGAUCAUCGGCAGCAAACACGGCUUCGUCACCCAACACCAGGAGUGGGGCGCAAGCGAAAAAGUCGACUUUCAACACUGGAGCAAGUUCACCGCGUUUCGGCCGUACCAAAAGCAGAUGCGCAAGGGCACGCAGACGUUGAUCAAGGACUUGGACCAGCGGGAAAACAUAUUCAUGAGGUGGAAGGAACACUUCCUUGUACCCGACCACCGGAUCCGAACCAUCAGGAACGCGAGUUUUGAGGGAUUCUACUACGUCUGCUUCAACCAGGUAAAAGGGGAGAUAAGCGGCAUCUACUUUCAUCGGAAAAGCGAGAAGUGA